AUGGAAGAGUAUGAGGCUUGUAUCAUGGGUGUUGAAGAAGUUAUUUACUUGAGAAUUAAGAUUAUUGAUGUGUAUGGAGAUUCAUCCUUGGUGGUUAAUAAUAUUAAAGGAGAAUGGGAAACUCGUCAUCCUGGCUUUAUUCCUUACAAAUAUUAUGUAAGGAGGUUAUUGACUUUCUUCAAUAAAGUUGAGUUUCAUCAUAUAACUCGUGAAGAAAAUCAUAUGGAAGACGCUUUGACUACUUUGUCUUCUAUGUAUAAAGUAAAUCAUGGGAAUGACACGCCCAAUAUCAGAAUUAUGCACCUUGAUAGACCUAUUCAUGUGUUUGUAGCAGAAGAAGUCACUAAUGAUAAGCCUUGGUAUCAUGAUAUCAAGUGUUUCCUCCAAACUCAGGAAUACCCUCUUGGAGCAUCUAGCAAAGAUAAUAAGACUUUGAGAAGAUUGGUUGACAAUUUAUUUCUGAAUGAAGAUGUGAUGUACAAGAGAAACUUUGACAUUGUCUUGCUCAGACGCGUGGAUAGACACGAAGCAGACAUGUUAAUGCAGGAAGUUCAUGAAGAAUCCUUUUAUACUUAUGCCAAUGGACAUGCAAUGACUAAAAAUAUGUUAAAGGAAGGUUACCAUUGA